CUUUCCACUGUACCAAUUUAUUGAAAUGUAUUCAAUUGACUUUGACACAACAUCAAAUAUGUAGCAUACAUGUGCAUUGUAUAUGUCGAUGGUAUAUGCGAGACGCACAUGGACAUUCUAUGUCUAGGGUUAUAGUUCAAAAACAGACAAAUUCUUUAGCAAUUAUUCGAAAACAAUAUGAACCGGAAAACCAUAUUUGAAUAUUCUAUACAAAAACAAAAACACUGAAAACCCGGAUCUAAUUAUAUCAGAAGGGCGGCAAAGGCCACUUGUGCCUAUUAACGCACUUAUAAAGUGAAGCUUAGAGUAUAGCGCAAACUGUCUGUUCUGUCUGGAAGUGAAAUAAUGAAAAACAUAAUAACAUUAUUUGGAAUGUUUCUAGCCCGAUUCCUGAUUUCCACAUGGGCGUUGGAGUACGUGUAUGCGGGAAACAGUACGAACUUUCUCCAGGAGCGGGUCUCGCGACUCGAGUGACGACUGGUGGAGGACGUCAUGCUGCUUCGACAAGAAUUUCACGAGGAAUUCGAUCAUUUUCAUACGCAUGAGACCAGUAAAAUAAACACCACAGAGGCGGUCCCAGUCGAGACACCGGACUCGAAAAAUGAACAAUCAUCUACCACGGAUGACAUUGAGGUUCUAAAGAAAGCCUUCUUUACGGAAAAACGUUUUGUGAGGGAUAUUCAGAACAAAAUAAGCACAGAAAACGAAGCUACCAGUAUGGCCAUGCAAAAUCUCGUCGAUUCUGUUCAAGCCAUGUCAACAAGUCUCGGAUCACAGAUAGAAAGCAUGGCGAGAAUGUUUGAAAGUCAAGCAGAUAUAUUUGUACAUGCGCUUGUGGAGUUACAGCAAAAUAAAAGUUGCCCCGCAACGCAGAUCGAGCAUCACACUUUCAGAGACUGCUCCGACCUGCUGCGGGCAGGGCACGUGACCAGUGGGGUGUACACCGUCCAUCCUCGUACCACAUGGCGUCCCCUGCAGGUCUACUGUGACAUGGAAACCUCCGGGGGAGGUUGGACUGUUAUGCAACGGCGCAAGGACGGUUCCGAAAAUUUCAAUCGUCCCUGGCUGGAUUAUGCGUUUGGUUUCGGUGACCUUCAGGGUGAAUUCUGGCUGGGUAAUGAAUUCGUCAAUCGACUGGUUGAAGGAAUUCCCCACAAACUCCGCGUGGAGUUGGAGGAUUUUGAACAAGAAAGGCGCUUAGCCGAAUACGGUGUAUUUUCCGUCGGGCCCGCCACCGACCUGUACAGACUGUCCAUUGAUUCAUUUAGUGGGAACGUGACAGAUUCUCUUCAAGGUCACAAUGGUCACCAGUUUUCAACACAAGACAAAGGUCCCUCGAAAACUUGCUCUGCCAGUUAUAAGGGGGGAUUCUGGUACACUAACUGUCAUUCAGUCAACAUCAACGGCCUCUACCUGCGGGGUGAACACACAUCGUAUGCUGAUGGUAUCAACUGGGUAGGGUUUAAAGGAUACCACUAUUCUCUAAAAUUCACUGAAAUGAAGUUCAGGCCAUGGUAAUAAUUAUAUUGUCUCAGCUUAUGAGCGGUUUAACUAGCAGGAAAGGACUUCCCAGUAUUCUGAAGCUUGAACCAAAUGGAAAUAUGAAUGGAAUGUACGCGUGUUGCUUUCCAAGGCAUUUUCAGAAAGCAGCUCCUUCAAAAUAUGCACACAUUUGUUUCAACUAUACUUAGUUAAGGUCAUGCCUACAGACUUAAAGAAAUACUGAUUUAGAGUUUGUAGAAUAAUUGGUUUAAACAUAAUUUAAUUUAAAUAAAUAAGACCUCUUACAAUGUACCUUUAUUUGAAGAUGUGUAGAAUUGAGUUGGAAGACAAUGGCUUACAUGUAAUCUUUUAGAAUAAAAGAUGAAUCAUUAAAUAGUUAAAACUUUAUCCUGAUAGUUAGCCCUGCUCUUACGAAUAUUAACUUAUACCACAAGGGCAUGUUCUAAAACCUGGCCUGGCCUGCUGACUCAGCAUUUUGUGUCGGGCCAGGCCAGGCCAUAUUUUAUACACAUUGAGAGUAUAAACACUAAAUAUACUGGAAAACAAUGAUAGACCUUUAUUUAGAAAUAAAGCUGCAUGUUAAUGUUAUGAUUUUUCUGAGUUUUAUUUAGAUAAAAAAGAAGUUUAAUUGAAUGCAUGGGAAUACACUGCAUUGGAAACACUAAAAGAAUUUAAAAAAAAUAUGAAGUGCAUAGAUCUUGGUUUACAAAUCGAAUCUUAAAAUACAUGUGUUCAAAUUCAAGGGUUCCAUGCAAAUAUAUAUUUUAUUUUUUACAUACAUAAAAAUUAUACAUUUUUCUUGUGAUGAUUUUCUUGUUUGUUAUUAUUUAAGGUGUAGAAAUUCCAUCUUACAGUUCAUAUAUAGUUAAACAUUCAAGUUGUUCAAAACUACAUGCAUAGUUUAUUUGAAAAAAUUGUAUAAGAAAAUUAAUUAAAUAUGAAUUCAAAUGAACUACCUUAUUUAUCUAGAUAAAUCUCAAAAAGACAUUAUAUUAAACAUGCAGAUUAUUUUUUUAAAUAAAGGUCUAUCAUUGUGUUUGCAUAUAUUCAGAGCUUGGACUCUUAUUAUGUAUAAAAUCUGGCCUGGCCUGACACAAAAUGCUGAGUCAGAAGGCCAGGCCAGGUUUUAGAACAUGCCUACUACAAGUGUCCAAUGCAACUUAACUAAGAAAAUAAUCUCUUGCUGAUGAUAUUGACCAUGUUAUUAUAUUGAGUCACAAAAAAACCUUGAGCUUGUUUACUAUAUAAUUAUGCACAUUCCUAAUGUACCGGUACACAAAAAAGGCAAUACACUAUAAUAAAAAUCAUUUCUAGA